CUGUGUUGUGUUCACCAUACUUCAUACCCAUACUAUCUCUGUGUUGUGUUCACCAUACUUCAUACCCAUACUAUCUCUGUGUUGUGUUCACCAUACUUCAUACCCAUACUAUCUCUGCGUUGUGUUCACCAUAAUUCACACCCAUACUAUCUCUGUGUUGUGUUCACCAUACUUCACACCCAUAUUAUUUCUGUGCUAUAUUCAUACUACUCUUUGUGAUGAAUUAGAUCAAAGAGUUUUUCAAAAGCUGCCAUCUAUUAAGGAAACAAUAACGUUUAUAAAAUAUUUAAGAUAUAGGCUAAUAUUAAUUUGAGUAUUAAAUAUAUCAAUCACAA